GGGCACAGACAAACCGGCAGGCUGGAGGGCGCUCCAAACCCCAAAGCAGUACGAGCCCCGCUGAGGACAGCUGUCCGCAGCCUCUCUGUGAGAGCCCCGAUCAGAGGGAGAGGGGCUGAGCGAUCACAGUUCCUCCGUGCCCGCCGGGUCCCGCACGGCCCAUCCCGUCCCGUCCCGUUCCGUCCCGUCCCCCCGCGGCGGACAUCUUGUGCCCGCGCCCGCUCACCGUGUUAGCCGUGUGCACGAAGAGCCGCAGCCAGAAGCCGCACAGCCGCGGGGCCCACUGCAGAGAGGAGACGAGAGGCAUUAAGCUUCGUCCAUAUCAAUUGGAUGGCGUAAACUGGCUGGUGCAAUGCUACCAAGUCCAGCAUGGCUGUAUCCUGGGCGACGAGAUGGGUCUUGGGAAGACUUGUCAGACUAUUUCACUACUUCUUUACUUGACAAAAAAAUUAACGAACAAAGAGAGAUCCCUGAUACUUUGUCCUCUGUCUGUUCUGAGCAACUGGAAGGAGGAGCUGGAGAGGUUUGCUCCAGGUCUCUCCUUCGUGACGUAUGUUGGCAACAAGGAGGAACGAUACAAACUGCAGCAGAACCUGAAAGAGCAAUCUCAAUUCCAUGUGCUCUUAACAACAUAUGAGAUUUGUCUGAAAGAUGCAGCAUUUCUCAAAUUUUUUGACUGGGCUGCCUUGGUUGUAGAUGAAGCUCACAGGCUGAAAAAUCAGAACUCUCUGCUUUAUGAGACACUUACUGAGCUCCCAGUAGGUUUUAGCCUGCUACUCACAGGCACUCCAAUCCAGAACAGCCUCCAAGAACUGUACUCCUUACUCAGCUUUAUUGAACCUGAUAUUUUUCCUAGAAAACAAGUGAAAGAGUUUGUUGAGUAUUACCAAGCAGUUGAAAAGGAGAGUGAGCCAGCCAAAGAAUUGCACAAUCUUCUGCAGCCAUUUUUGCUUCGAAGAGUCAAGUCCGAGGUGACUGCAGACCUUCCGAAGAAGGUAGAAGUGGUUUUGUACCAUGGAAUGUCAGCUCUGCAGAGGAAGUACUACAAAGCUAUUUUGACAAAAGACCUAGAUGCAUUUGAAGGUGGAACAGGAAGGAAGGUUACGCUUCAGAAUGUCUUAAUACAGCUUCGGAAGUGUGUCGCCCACCCAUACCUUUUCAAUGGUGUUGAGCCGGAGCCCUUUGAGAUUGGAGAUCAUAUUGUUGAAGCCAGUGGCAAGCUAUGUUUGUUGGAUAAACUCCUUUCAUUCUUGUAUGAUGGUGGCCAUCGUGUCUUGCUCUUUUCUCAGAUGACUAAACUGCUUGACAUUCUGCAAGACUACAUGGACUAUAGAGGCUAUAGCUAUGAGCGGCUGGACGGUUCUGUAAGAGGUGAAGAGAGACACCUUGCCAUUAAGAACUUUGGUCAACAGCCCAUCUUUGUCUUCCUGCUGAGCACCAGAGCAGGAGGAGUUGGCAUGAACCUGACGGCAGCAGAUACAGUUAUUUUUACUGACAGUGAUUUUAACCCACAAAACGACUUGCAAGCAAUAGCAAGAGCUCACCGGAUUGGGCAGCACAAGCCUGUAAAAAUUAUCCGCUUGAUUGGACGAGACACAGUUGAAGAAAUAAUCUACCGAAGAGCUGCUUCCAAGCUUCGACUGACAAAUGCCAUUGUAGAGGGAGGUCAGUUUGCCUUGGGAGUACACAAACCUCAGGAAGCAUCAGAUUUACAGCUGAGUGAAAUCCUGAAAUUUGGCUUAGAUAAAUUGCUGUCCUCUGAGGGAAGCACUGUCCAGGAUGUGGAGCUGGAAAACAUCCUUGGAGAGACAAAAGGAGGGAAAUGGGUAAUGGAUGCUGUCCUGCCAUGUGAAGAAGAGAGGAAUGAGGAUGAUACAGAAAAUCACAUGUAUGUGUAUGAAGGCAAAGAUUAUUCAAAAGAACCCAGCAGAGAAGACAAAAAAGCAUUUGAUCAGCUUUUGGAUCUUCAGAAGGCCUUGAUUGAAGAGACCAGUAAAGAAGGGAGAGCUCUCCGGAACAAAGCAAACACUCUUCUUACAGGCCUCCGGGACCAGUCAACCAGGAGGAAACACUUGCUGAGCGCAGAGGAGCUGGAGACCAGGAGAAAGAAGCGCCAAGAAGCAGCUGCAAAGAGAGCAAAGCUUAUGGAGGAGAGGAGGAAGGCAAAAGCAGAGGCAGAGCACAUGAAAAAGAUGGCCUGGUGGGAGUCAAAUCGUUACACAUCUACCUGUCUCCCUUCAGAGGAAAGUGAGUCUGAGGAAGAGUUUGAGGAGGGAGAGGCUGGGCUGAAUGUGGAUUUGGAUUACAGAGACGUGGACCUAAACUGUAUCAAGUACGUCAUGGGAGAUGUCACCCACCCCAAAGCAGAAGAGGAGGAUGCCAUCAUUGUCCACUGCCUAGAUGACUCUGGCCGCUGGGGAAGGGGUGGUUUAUUUACAGCUCUGGAGACUCGUUCUGAUCAGCCAAGAAAAAUAUAUGAGAUGGCAGGGAAGAUGAAAGACCUGCAGUUAGGAGGAACCCUUUUAUUUCCCAUUGACGAUAAAAAAUCCAGGAGAAAAGGACAAGACUUGUUGGCCUUGAUUGUAGCUCAGCACCGGGAUCGGUCCAACAACUUGUCUGGCAUUAAGCUGUCUGCUUUGGAAAAGGGCCUGAAGAAGAUUUAUGUAGCAGCUAAGAAAAGGAAUGCAACAGUGCACUUUCCACGUAUUGGGUAUGCAACAAAAGAUUUCAACUGGUAUGGUACCGAGCGGCUCAUCCAGAAGUACUUGGCAACACGGGGUAUCCCCACACUCAUAUACUACUUCCCUAGGAAUAGAGGGUCUGCUUCACAACCGUCUUCAUCUGUAGCAGCCUCAAAGCCAUGAAAAUACACAAUUGUAUUGAGAAACAUGCACAAAACCCAAGGAUCUUUUUAACUUCACGUAGACAGUCUUUAGUGUGCAUCCACUUCAGAAGCAUAUCUUACACAGCCAUUUCUUAUCUCUGUACCUCUCUGCUUUUAUUGGUCAUAACAUUUAUAUAUUGUCAGUGGCUCUAGAAUGGAAUUGCACUACUUCAGAGUUCAAAGAGACUUGGGAUAAGGAUGUUGGCACAGUCCUAAAUCUGUUUUGAAGAUGGAAAAUUAAACUUUCACUGACGGUCA